CCCAGCACGUUACCCAGCAUACCGGGACAAGACGGUCAAGUAUAGGAUCGCUCCUGAGCAGUGGGGCACGUUACCCAGCACACCGGGCACAAGACACGGAGAGUCCAGACGCCAUGGAUCUGCUCUGCUUAGAGGUGGACACGGUGAGAAGAGCCCAUGUAGACAGCAACCUGCUGACUGACCGGGUGCUGAACAACCUGCUGAAAGCCCAGGAGACCCAUUGCCCCUGCAUCCACUACUUCACCUCCGUGCAACCGGACAUCCAGCCCUACAUGAGGAAGAUGGUGGCCACAUGGAUGCUGGAGGUCUGUGAGGAACAGAAGUGUGAAGAGGAGGUUUUCCCACUCUCCAUGAACUACAUGGACAGAUACCUUUCUCUUGUGCCAAUAAGGAAAAACAGGUUACAACUGCUGGGGGCAACCUGCAUGCUGCUGGCCUCCAAAUUAAAGGAGACCAUCCCUUUAACUGCAGAGAAACUUCGCAUUUACACUGAUAAUGCUGCCUCCAUAGAGGAUAUACUGAACAUGGAGGUGUUAGUACUGAAAGAGCUGAAGUGGAACAUGGCCUCCGUGACGCCUCACGACUUUAUAGAACAUUUGCUUUACAAAAUAUCAUUGACUGAUGAUACCAAGCAGAUCGUGCGCAAAUACGCCAAGACCUUUAUGGCUCUCUGUGCUACAGAGUUAAAGUUUAUUGUCAGCCCUCCCUCCGUGCUAGCAGCUGGGACCGUGGCGGCCGCCAUACGUGGUCUACAUUUGGGCAAUGCAGACGGCGUCUUAUCUUCUAGAUGCCUUACCCUGUCCUUAUCGCAGGUCAUCCAGUGUGAUCCAGACUGUCUGCAGGCUUGUCAAGAACAGAUCGAGUCACUCCUAGAGUCUACUUUGCGUCACACAUCCCAAGAGACUGAUAGCUCACCCAUCAUGAUGUCCGUGGUAGAGGAGACAGAUCCUUCCAGCACCCCACCCCAUGUCAGCGAUGUGAACAUCUGAAUACGGCAGGAAAAAAAGAAGAGUUUUUGGUUACGGAACAUGAACUGUGUAUAUGGCUCCUGCGAAUAACUACUCCCAUAACUGUGAUGAUGAAAGCCAGUCCUAUAUACAUGUGACCUAAAAUUACACACCACAAAAAACUCUUACAAAAAAAAAAAAGUACUGGCAAAAGCCAAUGUUGGUGUUUGUGCUAAAACAGCGUAACUACCCAAAGAAACAAAUAUAUAGCUUUAUUCCCCAUGGCUGAAGUCACAUAAUCUAGACACUUAGGGGGCGAUUUAUCAAAACCUGUCUAGAGG